CAAAGCGCCACCUGUAACAACAACGCCAUCUCUUUUUAGCCAAUGGGAAAAGUGCGAUAGAAAUAAACGAAAAGAAAGAAAGCUUCUAGAUCUAGAGCGUUGAGUCGAUGCUUUUCAGUGCUUUUCCAAAGUAGGGAAAAUGAGGAAAACGUAGUGCUCUGUUUGGAAAAACUCUGACUAGUGUUUGUGCAACGUAGAAAAAUGGCGAGUCCUUCGCCCCAGAGCAGCCCCAUGCCGCCGCCGCAGGCGCCCAGCCCCAUGGGCCCGCCGAUUCAGAGCCCUGCGCCGCCCCCGUCGCCCCACAGCCCGUACCAAGGGCCGCCUCCGAUGGGCCACGUGAACGGGCCGCCCCCACAUUCCAUGCCCCCGAAUGCCCCCAACAUGGUGCAGAUGCAGCCGAACCCGGGGCAUCACAUGCCCCCGCAGCCGCACCCGAAUAUGCCCCCGCAUCCGGGCAUGCCGCCGCAAGGGCCCCCGAAUCACCAGGGACAUCCGCCCCCGCAAGGACACCAUAUGGGCGGGCCGCCGCCCCAGCAGGGACAUCCCCAAGGGCCUCCCAUGCAGAUGCAGCCAGGGGGGCCGCCCCCGCAGGGGCAUCCGCAUGGCGGGCCGCCGCCCCCGCAAGGGCAUCCCAUGCAGCCGGGGGCACCGCCGCAUAUGGGCCCCGCGCAUAAUAUGCAGCAAGGGCAGCCCUAUCCGGGACAUUCCAUGCCCAUGGGGGGGCAUCCGCAGCAAGGACAGAAUCCGUCGUCAUCACCUGGACCGCAAGGCCCCCCUCCGGGUCCCCCAGGCCAGCCAGGGCAGCCGCCCCAAGGGCAGGAGAAUUUGAACGCCCUCCAAAGGGCCAUCGACUCCAUGGAGGAGAAAGGGAUGCAGGAGGAUCCGCGUUAUUCACAGUUGUUGGCUCUGAGGGCCAGAACCAAUGGGAGUAACACGAUUUUUAGCCCUAUGCAGAUGAGUCAGCUAAGGGCCCAGAUAAUGGCCUACAGGAUGUUGGCAAGGAACCAGCCCUUAAGUCCCCAAAUUGUGAAUGCGGUUCAAGGGAAAAGACCCGAUGGGACCCCGCAGUGCCCUACGCCCCCGUCGAGCCCCUUCCAGCCGCAAGGGGUGCAGCCCCAGGGUGGUCCACCCGCUAGCGAAGCUAACGAACCACUUCCACCGGAAAGUGGCGCUGCUUCACAACAAGCGAUGCGACCUCCGGGACCGCCCGGAUCCCAAACGGGACCCGCUUCCGGCCCUCCCGGACCUGUCCAACAACAGCCUCAGCUACAAGGCGUCAAACCUGGGCCACCUACGACCCAACAGAACGCCACCGGUAUCCGGCCCGGAGGACCAAACCAACCGAACCAAACCGGAAACCAACAAACCUCAACCAAACAAAACCGCGUAACCACCGUACCAAAACCUGUUGGUAUAGAUCCGGUGGUUUUGCUACAGGAGAGGGAAAAUCGCUUAGUGUCGCGAAUCGCAGCCCGAAUGGAACAGUUGAGUAAUUUACCCACGAAUAUGUCCGAGGAGUUACGAAUUCAAGCUCAGAUCGAGCUGAGGGCUUUGCGAUGUUUGAAUUUCCAAAGACAGUUACGGAAUGAGAUAAUUGCGUGUACGAGACGUGAUACAACUUUGGAAACUGCUGUUAAUAUUAAGGCGUACAAAAGGACUAAAAGACAAGGUUUACGCGAAGCUAGGGCUACUGAAAAGUUGGAGAAACAACAAAAAUUGGAAGCUGAACGGAAGAGAAGGCAAAAACAUCAAGAGUUCCUUACUAGCGUCCUUCAACACGGUAAAGACUUUAAAGAGUUCCAUCGCAAUAAUCAGGCCAAGUUGGCGAGGUUAAACAAGGCCGUUAUGAAUUACCACGCGAAUGCCGAACGCGAACAGAAGAAGGAACAAGAACGUAUUGAGAAAGAACGUAUGAGGCGACUUAUGGCCGAGGACGAAGAAGGUUACAGGAAAUUGAUUGAUCAGAAGAAAGACAAACGGUUGGCCUUCCUCUUGUCGCAAACCGAUGAGUAUAUCGCCAACUUGACCGAAAUGGUCAAACAACACAAACUGGAGCAAAAACGCAAACAACAGGAGGAGGAGAAAAGGAAAAAGAAGAAGAAGAAACGAGCCGAAGGUCUCUUGGCUGAUGGUUCCCAAGGUCCUGAUCGACCGGUUACUGUGGUUGAAACCGCAACUGGGAAAAAACUAUCAGGAGAGGAUGCACCAAUGCUGAGUCAGUUGCAAGAGUGGUUGUUGCAACAUCCAGGCUGGGAGGCUAUGGAUUCGGACGAUGAGGAUUCAGAAGAUGAGGAAGAAAUUAAAAGAAGAGAAGAUGAGAAUCGAUCCGAAGAAGAUAAAGCGAAAGAACUUAUUAAUAAAGCUAAAGUUGAGGAUGAUGAGUACCAUAAGAAUGCUAACGAAGAGCAGACUUAUUACAGUAUUGCUCACACUGUCCAUGAAAUUGUAACGGAACAAGCUUCCAUUAUGGUCAAUGGUAAGUUGAAGGAGUACCAAACUAAAGGUUUGGAGUGGUUGGUGUCACUGUAUAACAACAAUUUGAACGGGAUUUUGGCCGAUGAGAUGGGGUUGGGUAAAACCAUUCAAACUAUUGCUCUGAUCACUUAUCUAAUGGAGAAGAAGAAGGUCAACGGGCCUUAUCUCAUCAUAGUACCACUGUCAACUUUAUCCAACUGGGUCCUUGAGUUCGAGAAAUGGUCCCCCUCAGUGCAGGUCGUGUCCUAUAAGGGCUCCCCGGCAGGCCGUCGAACAAUCCAGAGCCAAAUGCGUUCGACCAAAUUCAACGUCCUUCUCACCACCUACGAAUACGUAAUCAAAGAUAAGGGAGUUUUAGCAAAACUCCCAUGGAAAUACAUGAUAAUCGAUGAAGGUCACCGAAUGAAAAACCAUCAUUGCAAACUGACCCAAGUCCUAAACACGCAUUAUUUAGCCCCUCAUCGCCUUCUCCUCACCGGCACCCCUCUCCAAAAUAAACUUCCCGAAUUGUGGGCCCUUCUCAAUUUCCUCCUCCCCUCGAUUUUCAAAAGUUGCUCGACUUUCGAGCAAUGGUUCAACGCACCCUUUGCCACAACCGGCGAAAAAGUCGAAUUGAAUGAAGAAGAAACGAUUUUGAUUAUUCGGCGUUUGCAUAAAGUCUUGCGACCGUUUUUACUCAGGCGGUUAAAAAAAGAGGUCGAGUCGCAGUUGCCUGACAAAGUUGAGUAUAUAAUCAAGUGUGAUAUGUCAGGGUUGCAGAAAGUUCUCUACAAGCACAUGCAAAGUAAGGGUGUCUUGUUGACUGACGGUUCCGAAAAGGGUAAUAAGGGUAAAGGGGGCGCCAAGGCCCUAAUGAAUACGAUCGUACAGUUGAGAAAGUUGUGUAAUCAUCCCUUUAUGUUCCAAAAUAUCGAGGAGAAGUAUUGUGACCACGUGGGCAUUUCGGGAGGAGUCAUUUCGGGGCCUGACUUAUACCGAGCGUCCGGAAAGUUCGAACUUCUGGACCGAAUCCUCCCCAAGUUGAAAGUGACCGGUCACCGAGUCCUACUUUUCUGUCAAAUGACCCAGCUUAUGACCAUUAUGGAGGACUACUUAUCCUGGCGUGGUUUCGGUUAUUUGCGUCUAGAUGGCACCACCAAAGCUGAGGAUCGUGGCGACCUUUUGAAGAAAUUCAACGCCAAAAACAGUGAUUAUUUCUUGUUUUUGUUGUCGACAAGAGCCGGUGGUUUAGGUUUGAAUUUGCAAAGUGCCGAUACGGUCAUUAUUUUCGAUUCGGAUUGGAAUCCACAUCAAGAUUUGCAAGCCCAGGAUCGCGCCCAUCGUAUUGGCCAACAAAACGAAGUGCGCGUUUUGCGCCUGAUGACUGUCAAUUCGGUUGAAGAGCGGAUUUUAGCCGCCGCUCGGUAUAAGUUAAACAUGGACGAGAAGGUCAUCCAGGCAGGGAUGUUCGAUCAGAAGAGUACAGGAUCGGAGCGGCAGCAGUUCCUGCAAAGUAUUUUGCAUCAAGACGGCGAUGAGGAAGAAGAGGAAAACGAGGUCCCUGACGACGAAACCGUCAACCAGAUGGUGGCGCGUUCGGAGGCCGAGUUCGAGCUGUUCCAGAAAAUGGACCUGGAGCGAAGACGCGAGGAGGCGAAGCUGGGGCCCAACCGGAAGCCCCGCAUGAUGGAAAUAAGUGAGCUUCCGGAUUGGUUGGUGAAGGAUGACGAUGAGGUUGAUCCUUGGAAUUAUGACGAAACGGAGUCGGCUUUGGGGCGGGGCACCAGACAGAGGAAGGAAGUUGACUACACUGACAGUCUGACGGAGAAAGAGUGGCUCAAAGCGAUUGACGAAGGCGGAGAUUACGAUGAUGAAGACGAUGAAGAAGAAAAAGUCAAAAAGAAACGCGGGCGCAAGAGGAGGAAGAGAGGAGACGAUUCGGAUAGUGAGGUUGGUACGAGUAAAAGGAGGAGGGGGCAAUCGAGCGCCGACUUGAAGUUGAAACGCCAAAUGAGAAAAUUAAUGAACAUCGUAACGAGAUACACAGACAGUGACGGCCGGCUUUUGAGCGAACCGUUCAUGAAAUUACCACCGCGGAAAGACUAUCCGGACUAUUACGAAAUUAUUAAAAAACCGAUGGAUAUUAAUAAGAUUUUGGGCCGAAUUGAGGACAGCAAAUAUAACGAUUUCAAUGACCUCGAACGCGACUUUAUGCUUUUGUGUCAAAACGCCCAAAUCUACAACGAAGAAGCGUCCCUUAUCCAUGAAGACAGCAUCGUUCUUCAGUCGGUUUUCACAAAUGCGAAGCAACGGAUUGAGUCGGGAGUUCCUGACUCGGACGAUGAUAAAGACGAGGAUAAAUCAGACAGCGAAUCGGUGAAAAUGAAGAUCAAACUGAAGAACAAGAAGACCAGUGGUCGGCGCAAACGCGCCGCGAAGAGAUACGUCUCGGAUGACGACGACGAUGACGAUGAUUGAAGUAUUUGAUUUAGUUAAGGUAGAAACAUCUAUAUAAGUGUAAUACUUUGAUUUUUGUAUUUAUUUUUGAAGAGAUGUAAGUAUAGGUUGUAGGUAUGUGGUCUAUCGUAACACUAAUACACAAUUUGAAAAGAA